AUGUCGUCCCUCGAGGCCAAGAUUGUCGUCCUCGGCUCUCAGAAUGUCGGCAAGACAAGCCUCGUCAUGCGUUACUGCAAGGGCUCCUUCAACCCGGCACAAACGACAUCGACCGUAGGCGCCAGCUUCAUGACCAAGCGUGUAGUCGACACCGACACCGAUACAAUGGUGCGCCUACAGAUCUGGGAUACAGCCGGCCAGGAACGCUUCCGCUCUAUAUCCCGCCUGUACUACCGCGGCGCCAACGCCUGUAUCCUCUGCUACUCCAUCACCGACGCCCAGUCCUUCACCGAGAUGGGCAUCUGGCUGACCGAGCUCCGCCGCAACCUCCCAGGCGACGUUGUUCUGCACGUCGUCGGCACCAAGGCAGACAUCGUCGCCCGCGAUCCCUCCCGUCGCGAGGUCCCUUUCGAGCGCUGUAUAGCCUACGUCGCUGAGAACCUCGCCCCAGGCCUCGCCUCCACCCCGCCACCCACCGCCACUCCCAACGGGAUGCCCUCCUUCCUUUCUUCGUCCGAUCCGCGCCAGUCCUCCUCGCAGGUACAAGGCAGUUUUGGUGGCGGCGGAGAACCCAGGAGCCCUAGUUCGAAACGGAGCUCUGGGUUCUGGGGUCAGGAAGUCGGCUGGGAUGCAUGCCACGAGAUCAGCGCUGAGAGCGGUGAGGGUGUUGAGGAGGUGUUCCGGGUCGUGACGCGGAAACUAGUCGAGCAGAAUCGCAAGAUGCAGCAGGCACUUCUUAUGGCCACCGCCACACCCGGCACGCCAGGUUACGAGACUGGUAUGGACGGCGGAUACUUUGAUGGUAUGAACCCGCGCGGUAGCUUCCGUGUUGGGCGGGACCGUAGGAGCUGGCUCUUCUCGCCAGCCUUCUCGCCUGCUGUUACGGUCGAACCGGCGGGAACGGAGCAGAACGCCGACGAGGCUGCUGCCAAAGCGAGAAGGAAGUGCUGUUAA